AUGAUUGAGAUGGAAUAAAUGGCAGAUGUCAAUCACACCAAGAUUACUGUCAAAGAGUUCAUUCUCUUGGGGAUCACUGACCGUCCAGACCUGCAGAUCCCUCUCUUUGGUGUGUUCCUUCUGAUCUAUAUUAUCACUGUGAUAGGAAAUCUGGGGAUAAUUAUCUUAAUCAGGACUGAUACUCAUCUCCAUACUCCCAUGUACUUCUUCCUCAGCCACUUGGCUUUUGUUGACCUUUGUUAUUCCUCUGUCAUUGCCCCUAAAAUGUUGGCAAACUUUUUAGCAGCAAGGAAAACAAUAUCAUACAAUGCAUGUGCAGCACAGUUGGGCUGCUUCCUAACAUUCAUGAUCACAGAGUGUUUCCUCCUGGCAGUGAUGGCAUAUGACCGCUAUGUGGCCAUCUGUAACCCGCUGCUUUAUCAUGCCAUCAUGUCCCAGAGAGUGUGUGUCCAACUGAUAGCUGCCCCUUAUAUAUACAGCUUUGGUGUCGCUCUGUUCCACACAAUAGUGACAUUUCGUCUGUCCUUCUGCUCUGCUAAUGUGAUUAAUCAUUUCUACUGUGAUGACCUCCCACUGUUAGCACUUUCGUGUUCUGACACCACCACCAAACAGAUUCUCAUCUAUGCUUUUGCUGGGUUUGACGUGAUAUGCUCGCUUCUCAUUGUACUCAUCUCUUACAUUUUUAUCCUCUCUAACAUCCUCAGAAUACGUUCUGCUCAAAGUCGACAUAAAGUUUUUUCCACCUGUUCCUCUCAUCUGACAGCUGUUACCAUCUUCUAUGGAACUCUGAUGUUUAUGUAUUUGCAACCUAGAACUAACCACUCACUGGAGACUGAUAAAAUUGCUUCUGUCUUCUACACACUGGUGAUCCCCAUGCUGAAUCCUUUGAUAUACAGUCUAAGAAAUAAGGAAGUUAAGGAUGCUCUGAAGAGAUCAACAGAAAGAAUUGUUUUUGUUCUCAGAUGA